UCCAUCCAAUCAGAAAGCGUCCUUGGGAGAGAUCCAAUUUCAAUUCUAUUCUUGCUGCGUGUUGGUCUUGCAGCUGGAGGGAAAUCGCCUCUAAAAAGUGUCCCAAGCAAGGCUCUGAGUCGCUUUUGCAGCAGGAGGCUAACACCAGAAGGGCCACCCUUGUUUGGAUCCCCCCCCCAAUUUGGAUUGGGAUCCCUCUUGAAGCAGCUGCCUCAGCCGGGUUUGGAAGCAUGAACUGUGAGAGUGGGUCAUACCCAGGGUAACCAGAUGCCAUAACAUGCAAGGAGGGCAAAGCACUACAAAAGUUUCUCUGCAAGGUGGUGACUCCUCCUGAAGAAGGACAUUUUCCUCUCCUUGAAGGAACAAAGCCAAAGCUAUGUCUGCAGAGAACUCCAGGAAGAGAUUUCGCCAGGAAGCAACUUGCCCCAUCUGCCUCGGUUACUUCAAGGGCCCUGUGAUGCUCGAAUGUGGGCACAACUUCUGUGAAAUCUGCAUCCGUCAAUGCUGGCAGAAGCCUGAUGCACCAACCCAGUGCCCACAGUGCCGCGAGCAUGUGGAGAAACACUUCAAGCCCAACCAGUGCCUCAUUAACCUGGUUGAAAUUCUCAACAACUGGGAUAUGGAGAGUGAGGCAUGCAGCCAGGCCUCCGAAUGCCAGCAGCACCAGCAGCCCCUGUCGCUGUUCUGCAAAGAAGAUCAAGCCCUGCUCUGUGGGGAGUGUGAGGGCUCCCAGGAGCACCUGGGUCACAACAUGGCCCCCAUGAAGGAAGCCGCCCAGGAGUACAAGGAUCAGAUGAGUAACUAUCUAGAGAUUUUAAGGAAGGCAAAAGUAAGCAUGCUGGAUUAUAGAGGUAGCAUAGAAAGUGACGGAAAAGACAUAACUGAAAGAACAAAAGUCCAGAGGCGAAAGGUUACUGCUCACUUCCGUCAACUGCGCCAGUAUCUGGAAGAUCAGGAGGAGCGUCUGCUGACCCAGAUUGAAGAAGUGGAAACGGAGAUUACUCGGAGAAUGGAUGAGCAUCUGGUCAGAAUUUCCAACAAGCUCUUCUCUUUUGAAAGGCUUAUCCAGGAGCUGGAGGAGAAGUACCGGCAGCCAGCAAGUUUGCUGCUACAGGAUAUUGAAAGUACCUUGGUAAAAUAUAAGGAGAGACUGAAGUUUGAGACUCCAGAGGUUUUUCCUCCUGAGCUGAAAUUAAAGACCUGGGAAUUCGUUGAUCUCAACUGCUCUAUUCAGGCAGUUAUGAAGCUAUUCAUAGAUAAUCUACAAGCUGAACUUCCUUUGCAGAAAGUAAAUCUAACUCUUGAGGUGAGUGCUGCCAAUCCCAUCCUUACUGUGUCUGAGGAUCAGAAAAGCGUGAGACGAACAGAAACACUUCCAGACCUGCCCACCAACCAACAGAAAUUCAAUCCCAGUUCUAUAGCGUUUGGAUGCCCGGCACUAACAACAGGAAGACAUUUUUGGGAAGUCAUGUUGGAAAACGCAGAACAUUGGGCUGUGGGGAUUGUCAAAGAAUCUGCAGUGGAAGACCUUUCAGAGUUUAUUAUGAGAAGAGGUUGUUAUAAAACUGAUUAUAAGAAAGGCAUCUGGGCUCUGAAAAGCCCCACUAGGAGUUGCUUGUCUCGCCCAAGCAGUCGUCUUCUAAGUCUUCAGAAUCUUAAGAGAGUCCGAGUGAUUCUGAAUUACACAGGGCAGCGAGUGUCCUUUUUUAAUAUUGACAAUGGUCAUACAAUCCUCGCUUCCACAAAUAUCCCCUUGUCAGGUGAACCUAUUAUCCCCUUCUUUUGGCUGGAGGCAGGGGCUUGUCUGACUCUCUUGUAGUGCGGGAGCCUAGUAGUAUAUCUCCCUCUCUCUCUCUCUCACUUCUGGCUACCAAAAUAUUGCACCAGGGCAAAGGUUUUUUGAAUUACAUGAGGCUGCAGAAACUGGAAAAAAUAGAUCUCUUGACUGCAGCUCCCAGAAUCCCUUAGCAGCAUGAUAGGAGUUUUAGUUCUGAAAAAGUCAUUUCAAAGCUCUGCCUUGGGUGGGGGUCAUUCACAUUACCUCUACAGACCAAUGUUUGGUAAAGCACCACCACUCUUUGGCAGAGAAAGCUAAAGUCUGCAAAACGUGCCAACAAAUGGCCCUGUGUGGAUUGUACUGAUUUGUUUAAGAUUGUGUUCUGUAAAUAAUAAAAACAUUAAGAGUUUUUGUAUGAUCAUAAUAACCGCCAUCAUCUGAUCAUGACUGUCUUCAUCAUCACUGUGCAGUCUUCAUUGAAUAAAGUACAAGAGGACAAACAUCUGCCAUAAUUAAGAAUUGCGCAGCCUUCCAGAUAUUGCUGAAUUGCAACGCCUAGCUAGCAUAGCUACUGGCGAGGAAUGCUAGGAGUUGCAGUUCAAUGAUAUCUUGGAAUACUACAGUUUCCACCGCUGCCACAUAGACUGAAUAUCGUUUUGAUGGACAAACCUUUUUUUUCCCUUCAGCUCUCCCCAAGUAAACCCCAAUAAGAAUUAUUUGUGUAUGGCUUUAGCAUACAGGAUUUUAUGUCCUUUGUAUAUGCCAGAAAAUCCCUCCUAUCUCAGAAGAAGCUUGAAAUUUGAUUUGGGAUACCUUGAAUUUAAAAGCACUCUGUCCUGGCCACUUUAAAACAAAGAUGACAACAUUACAGUUUCAGUUAGUCAUUCUACAAAAUGAUCUAUUGGAAUUAGCUAAUUUUUAAAGAGUAUCACUAAUUUCCAUUUAAGAAUUUAGAAUUUGUAAUAAGUUUUGAAUCAUUUCGUAUGCGUACUUGUAUUGAACUUCUUGUUUUGUAUUCUGACUGAUAAAGAUGUGGAUCUAAUGUGUUUUUUAUUUCUCUUGUUUCACUUUUUUUAAAAAUAAUGUCUUGGGGGGGUCCCUCCCAAAUAUUUAUUUUUAAAAAAUGUAUUUCAAAGACUAGUUGUACCCGGCCACACAUUGCUGUGGCUCAGUCUGGUUAAAUGGAAA